AUGGCGGCGCCCGUCCUGCCUCUGCAGCAGGUCAAGCUCGCCUCAUUACCCUCGACGCAGUUAACGCCCGAGCAACAAUACUGGCGCACCUUUAAGAACCCGCUCCUGAUCCCCUCACCGGCCAAUGGACCUGUCAACCUCAUCACUCAGCCCUCCGUUCCCUCCUCUGCUGCGGCAUUCCCCUCUCUUACACAGCCACCCGAUGUCUUCACCGUGACAACCGGCGCUCGCGUUCAGAUCUAUUCCAUUCGCACACGGAAACUCUUGCGGACAAUCACGCGGUUCGAGGAUACUGUGCGUGGCACCGACAUCCGUCCAGAUGGCCGUGUUUUGGUGACUGGUGACGACACCGGCUCCGUGCAAGUUUUCGACGUUAAGUCGCGCGCCAUUCUCAAGACAUGGAAAGACCACAAGCAGUCCGUUUGGGUGUCCAAAUUUUCGCCCAGCGACCCGACGGCUGUUCUCACGGCCAGUGACGACCGAACAGUGCGGUUGUGGGAUUUGCCCUCGCAAUCCAGCGCGCGCACCUUUGUCGGUCACAGCGAUUACGUGCGUAGCGGUGCAUUCAUGCCGGGCUCGAUGGCUUCGUCUGGUUUGGUGGUUUCGGGUUCGUAUGAUCGCACUGUCCGGUUAUGGGAUCCUCGUGUCGGCAACCGUGCCGCUAUGACUUUCAAGAUGGGUGCACCCAUCGAGACCGUUCUGCCCAUGCCCUCCGGAACUACCGUUCUGGCCGCGGCCGACAACAAGAUUGCCGUGUUGGAUAUCGUGGCUGGUAGGCCAUUGCACAUGAUUCAGAGCCACCAGAAGACUGUCACGUCUCUUGCGCUUGCCUCUAAUGGCGAGCGAUUGCUCAGUGGUGCGCUCGAUGGACACAUGAAGGUCUUUGAGACGACUGGGUGGAACCCCGUUUCUGGAUCUAAAUACCCCUCGCCCAUUCUCUCUCUGCGCGCUAUCACGUCCGGGACCGAAUAUGAGGAUAAGCACAUCGCCGUCGGUAUGCAGUCAGGUCUUCUGUCCAUCAAGACCCGCUUGUCUGGUCAACAGAAGAUCAAGGAGCGAGAACGCCGGAAAGAAAUGCAAGCUUUGCUGGAGGGAAAGUUGGAGGAACACGACCGGGAGGUUGCUAAGAAGAAGAAGGCGCGUGGUUCUGGGUGGGAGAAGCGUCUGCGUGGACGGGACUUCAUCGGAGAAGGUGCAGAGAUCGUCAUCGAGGGCCAAGACCGCAAGAAGCGCAAGAGAGAACAACCUUGGGAGAACGAUCUCCGCAAGGCACGCUACUCUGUUGCAUUGGACCAGGUCCUCUCCUCAGGCGACAAGACCUCCCAGCUCACACUUCUCACGGCCUUGCGCCACCGCUCUGCCCUUCGCGCCUCCCUGAAGGAUCGCGAUGAGGUUUCUCUCCAGCCUGUCCUGCAGUGGGUUCACAAGAACAUCCGUGAACCCCGCCUUGUCAACCUCACCGUCGAGGUCGCCAUGAACCUCCUCGAUAUCUACUCCGGUAACCUGGGCCAAUCCGCACAGGUUGAUAAGAUGAUUGAGCGUCUGCACCGCCGUGUCCGCGAAGAAGUGGAGAUGGCCCAACAAGCAUGGCAAACAAAGGGAAUGCUCGACAUGUUGAAGGCAACCUGA